AGACAGUUACGGGUCGGCACCUUUCUUUUCUUUUCUUCUGAUAUAACCACAAUCUCUCAGUUAAAAAUACUUUUCCUCUUCUAACCGUCUUCCCUCUCCUCCUUUUUAUGCAACCCGCUUUGCUGCUCUCUCACCCCUUGUCCUCCUCGAGGUCGGUAUACACUCAAGUGCUGUCACCCCUUUCCCGCGGAGCGCAGAAAAGGCCGCAUUGCUGCAGACAGCGAGGACAAGAAAUUCGAAGAGGAGGCAAAAUCGGGAAGUUGUACGGAAAACUACGUAUAAGUUCCGCCUGGACGCGCCCUUCUUUUUGUACUCAAGAGACUACAUGGAGCAGGCAUGUGCCUUCGGUAGGGCCAUCUGCAAUGCCGAGAACAUCUUGGGUUUGAAUAUUGGAAAACGUCGAUCGCCUGCAAAAUCUACGUGAGUGGAACACGCGAACGCAAGAUGCUGCAAACAGGUUUCCUGAUGAACCAUCUCGUGCGGGUCGCUGCGUUCGCACCAUGCCGGCAGCUCCUCCUCUGGCGCUCCACACACAAAUCAGUGUCCCACAAAGAUUACCCGGUUUCCUGGUUUGCCGUUGCCAUGGCAAGAACUAACCGCGUGGCUUCGAAGGGCGCGGCGCGGGAUCCACGAUAUUACAAGCCCCAGCCCAGUGCGAGGCUAAUUCGACAACAGAUGCUUGGCUUGGAUUUACUUCCUUACAGGGAAAGGCACGUCAGGAUCACUACGUGCGGUGACCUAUACACGAAAUGGCGAGCCGAAGGUCGUCGGGGCUACGACCAGGCGCCAGAGACGGGCGCUCGCGUUCCCGUCCUGUACAUCCACACUGGGCUGGACCGCAUGGAGCGCGGCGAUUUCACGAAGCGACCACUAACCUUGAUGCUCACGGAACACUACGAGGACUACGGAAGAAACAUCCGAUUCCUCGACCAAAAUGGAGUCGACGUUCUCUGCUUGAACUGGCCUGACUAUGCCUUCACCUUGGAGACCGGCUACUGGUGGCACAGCUGCGAUGAGAAGACAAGACUAGUCGUCGAUUUUCUCAAGCAACUGAAGAUUAACAAAAUCGACGCGCUAGUCAGUCACGAUACAGGAAGUGCUCCCGCGUUGCAGGUGGCUGCAGAGGAGCCCAGCAUUGAUGUGAAGUCCUUGGCCCUGCUUGCGCCUGUCGCAACCCGACCCCUCGGGAGCUCCCGGAACCCUCUGCUCUUCAAUCCUGCUGUCAGGUGGGCAUCCAAGAGUCGACGUGGAGCACGCUUCAUGAUUUUCUUCUUCAGAGCUGUCAUGAUGUUGAGCAUGCACCGAGCCAUGGGCCUGCCAUGUGACGUCCUCUUCGCUUACCACUCGAGCAUCGGAUGCGACGAGCAUCGGGUUGAGCAGCAGUUGGCUACAAUUCGACACCGCAAGAUGCCGACGCUCGUGACUGUGGGCGGCGACGAUAGAUUCAUCUCGAAGAAGGACAACCGGCAACUGCUGAGGAAAUUGGGCUGCGACGCCACAGGGGUGUGUUUCUACGACGCUAAUGGGAACCUCAUCUCAAGUGAUGGUUGCGACGAGAUCGUGAAGGUAAUCGAGUUGAAGGAUGGAUCGCACACGUUGGCAAACUACCCGGACGUGUGCAACAAGGCUCUGCUCGAACUCAUCAACAGGGCGCAAAGACGUUAGUGCAAGCACAGAUAGUCAUGGUUCACAAGCGAACUCGUUUAGGCUGUUUUCUAAGAUAUCAACGUUGACAAGUGCAGGAUACAAUGCACAGCUAAGUGAUUCAUCUGGCAUGAUUGAUUAAUUAUGCAUAGUGACAUUGAUUCACCCCGUCAAAAGACUGUGUCUUUGAAGUAUAAAAUGGUUGAUGCCGUUAGCCAUUCGUGCUGUGAUCAAGCGUUGUCGAGCCUAGAGCCGGCUUCUCUUCGUAGGCUGUCACUGGUUUUGAAAAGUGUUUUCUCUGCUCUGACUGCCUAGGCGAGGCACGACUACUGACUUGCCCCAACUUUGCUAGGAAAUAAAUGUUACCGAAGUACAAAGAC